AUGGGCGAGGCGGAAAUGGGGGGGGAUCAGAAUCCCAAAGAUGAUGAGCAGCCAAAGGCCGAGCCGGGAGGCGAGUUGAUGCUGUUCGAUGAUGGCUCCAUGACAGCAGACAAGGCGCAGUCCAGCGCUAUGAGCUUGAUCAUCAACUACGCAGAUCCUGUCCUGGCUGCUGGCACCGCUGUCUUGGGUUUGGGCCUGGUGGUGCUCCCUUUCCUCAGCAAGCUGAACAAGCUAGCUGGCGAGGACAUCUUCCGGUACCGAGCUCAUGGCGAGAUGAACUCUAAGCAGCCAAUGCGGCUGUUCACAGAGGCUGAACUUCGCCAGAGAUUGGGGUCGUUGGACGUCGAUUCGGUGGCAACAGAGAUCACCAUGAGCACAAACGAGUUGGAUGAGCACAUGGAGUCCGCCAGCAUGGAGGAGACGGAUGACGAGGUCAGCAGAAUACAGAAGUGGCGGGACUCAGUCAAUGCCAACUUGAAGAGCUUACAGAAGCGUUCGGCCCUUGCCUUUCUGGGCCUGCCACCGGAUUCCAGCAUGAACGACAUCAACGCCAUGUACAAAAAGAUGGCUCUAGAACUUCAUCCGGAUAAAGGUGGCGAUCCGGAGAAGUUUCAGGAGCUACAGGAGAUGAAGGAGCGCCUCACUGACCUAGAGAAGGACGACGAGGAGGGGAAAGACGGAAAGAAGGACAACGAGGAGGAUCCUGAGGAUGAGGAAGCCAGGAAGCUGAAAGAGAAAGAAGAGGAGGAGGAGAAGAACCGACUGCCACCUAACGAAAGGAUCAAGAAGCUCCGCAUGGAUGUCCACGACAACACAGUCCGGCUCUGGGAACGAGCCAAAAAGUCCAGGGAUGAGAUUGUGGGAGACAAAAACUUGAAGUCCAACGCGCAGCCUGCGUUGAACAUCCUGCGCCUCUUUGUCGAGCGGUUCGUGGCAAGUGAAAUCAAAACGCUUCGCCAUGAUGAUACAAGAGGUGCUGAAGCGAAGUUGAGAAAGUUCUUGAAGCAGGGGGCAGAGAUUUUGUCAGUAGCUGCCCUAGCCGACGUGCAAGCCACGUUGUCGACACUGGCGAUGCACUUCAACUAUCGCCUCAUCGCUAGGAGCGGCUCGCCUGACAUCAAGAACAAGUGCGCUGCUUUGCUUGAGGCUGUGGGUGAAGUGCCUCAACUGGCGGAGCAGUUCUUGCAGCAGAUGGAAACUGAUCUGGCAGACCAGAAGGAUCGAGACCGGCGUCGCAAGGAGCGACUGGCUGCGGAGCAGCGCGAACGCGAGGCGCAUGGGGACUUCAGCGGAGACGCCGGCAAGAGCAGAGCCGAGGCCAAGCAAGAAGCUAAGCCGCCGAAGGACCAAAAAGGUGAGCAGAAGGCGGACCAGAAGAGCGAGACAAAUGGCGGGUACCCAGCCCCAAAGGCCCAGGAAACCCAGGCCAAGCAGGUCACGCCAGAUGUCCAGAAGCCCGAUCCUUUUGCGGACUUUGACUUCAGCGAGCCCAGAAAGUCAUCAGAAGCUCCAAGAGCAGCACCCAAAUCAGAAGCCGUCGUAGCCAAGAAGGAGGAUGAUCGUGGUGCAAUUCAAGCAGCAGUGAAGCAGAAAAGGACGUGCUGGGAUGCAGCGUUUGAUCAUCCCUAUGCCGGAGCACUGAAGUCCAACGGGACGGGCAUCUACUGCAGGUACAACACGGAAGUGUUCCUGACACAUGUGGAACGAGUCCAUCCAAAGCCUCCGCCUGGCUGGUCGACUUAG